GACGUUCUCUGUUAAAUACCAAUAUUUAUGUUUCCGAUAUAAAUAGGAUUGUUUCAAAAUUCUAUGUUCCCACAGCACUCACCUUCAAUGGGAUUUAACCAAAAUUAAACCAUGAAAUAUGGAAGAAGAGGAGUCUUGCGGGUGCGACUUACAGGACCCGGCCCAGUACUUAGAAACACUGAAAAAGAAGUACCUAGCACGCACGGCUAAGCUUCAGAGUCAGCAGGUUGAGCUGGAAAGCAAAAUACAACAGAUGGAGUCCUACUUAGAUAAUAGUGAUGUUGUGGAAAGUUCCUCCCAAUGUAUCUGUGCCGUCAAUCGACAAGUUCCAAAAGUGUUUCCGAACUAUCCAGAAAUGCCAGAAAGAGACUUGGAUACAGUGCCGAAAAUUAUCUCGGAAGGUUCGAUUGAAAAACCGGCCGCGCAGCAGUGUAGUUUCUUUCAGAAAAUGAUGGAGAACGCUAAAAGCAUUUUGUCCAUGAAGUGUCAAUGUCCUAGUACUGUCCAACAAACAAACAGUUCCCUAACAUCGGACACUCCCACGAAAGAAAGUCAACAUAUCACCGAGUCAAGAACCACCGAGGACACUAGCUAUUUGACAGAUCAAUCGACGAGGGACAACACUAUCACGGAAGAAACAAAGCCCUCAGACCAGAACACUCUGCCGAGAGCAAUGACUCAUGAUCAAAAAGGGCUGCAAGUAUCGAUGGAAAGCAGUUCCAAAGACAAACACACUACCGGUACGACUCCGGAGUGUCUGUUUUUAAAGAAUCCGGCUUUGGAGUGUGAUUGUGACUCUUGUCGAUGUAUAUCGUCCACUGAUAAAUUGGAUGAGCUGCCUAAAGAGUCUGCACCUUCGAGUGAAAAUGCUACCAUUGAAAAUGCUGAGGUGCAAGUUAAGGUAGCCACGUUGAGCAAAUCAGUAAGCAACGCCAAAGAGACAGCAAACAUCGCUGUCAGUUGCAUUUGCAAAAAUAAAAAGGGUCCUAUUAAUCCACUCCCACAACUGCCAUACCAUGCAAGAUCUACCAAAUCCACUCAAAAAUUCAAAAAUUAUCAGGACGGUCAAAAUCAGUGUGCUUUCGUGGGUUCUCCUUUGUUACAAAACCCUGAUUACGGACACCUGCCCACUCAGACUUCUAAAAAUCUGCUUUAUGGGCCCCAGGCAACCGAAGCUACGUCUAUAUCUAAAUUGCCUUGCGACUGUAAUGUUCAAACAGGACCCGCUAAAAAUAUUUGUUCGGUCGAUGUGUUUUCUCUGAAAUCGAAAGACAUCUUGGAGAUGCAAACGAUUGCGGAAUUGGCAUUGAAAGAGAAGGAGAUGAAGUCUCAGAUCCAAAAUUUGCAAAGAAGAGAGCAGCUGUAUCAACAGAGUACAAAAACCGUUAAACGGUUCACUGGAAAUGUGGAAAACGAACGCUGUCGAUGUUGUAAAGCGGACGAUGGAUCCGGCUUCGAAAACGAAAUCAAGAAGGUCAGUCAGGAGCUCAGACUGGAAAACAAUAUCCUGAAAUCCGAACUGAUGGAUAUGAAGUUGGAGCUGAAGCAUUGCCUGGAGAAAGUGGAAGGUCCCAUGAAACAGAAACUGCAAAAUGAGAAGCUCAAGUGUGAACAGCUUCAAAGCGAGUUGAAGAACGCUUCAAAGAAUAUGCUGAUCAAUCAGGAUACAUAUCAACGCGAGAUGAACCAACUGAAAAUACAACUGUGCUGUGCCUGUAACAGCAUCGCAGAAUUGAACCAGAUGAACUCCCGACUCAAAGACGAGAUGAGCCAACUGGACUGUCUCUGCGCCAAACUCGAAGACGAUCUCAUCAAACAGAAACUCAACGAGGCCGAAACCAUCAAAAGACUGACCAACCGUAAACCCGAUUUUGAUCGUCCAACCAAACAAUCAGAAGAAUUCAAGUGUGAUUCGAGUUUGGCCGUGGUAGCCAGAAAACUGAGCAAAACCAUCAAAGAUCUUGCGCCUUGCGACCAAUGCUCUAACUUGCCUCCAGAACUGACAGGAGCGGCAAAGUGUAUCAAAGAACUGACGGACAUGGUGCUGAGUCGGCGUCGAACCAAGAGCCCCAAGGCGCAUCACGGCUGCAGCUGUGAACAGGAACCGCCCGAGUCACCCUCGAAAGACUACAUGGAGCGGGAGUGUUGCUCUUGUUGUGCCGGAGAUGCAGGAGAUCAGCGUAGCGAGAAAUACAAACCCCCAGGCAAAGUUCCAGAAGAAAAAACUGUUAAAACACUGUUAUCAGUGCCAGAAACAUUCGUCGAAAAAGGAGCCAGUAGUAAAUUUGAUGUAAACAUGCCAAUGGAGAGUUAUUACAGCGCAAAAGGAGAACCAGUAGCAGACGAGAUCGUCUCCGAAACGCCAAAAGAGAAACCGUCAAUACCGAAAGGAAAGGACUUGCCAUGCAGUAACCUCGGCUUUCCUUGCCUCAAAGGUACGAAGGCAGAAGAUUCUAUUCCAGUUGAUGAGGAGGCCCCAAAGAAAGAUAAAGCUUGUAAAGCACCUUGUUCUGCUGUUCUAAAAGUGGUAGGAGAUGGAGAAGUUGACAAGGCUUUAUCACAAGAACCGAAAUUUGCUGAUAAGGGUUUACAACAAACAGAAACGGAGUCAAGAGGGACCCAAGAAACGCCUAUGGAAAAACCGACAAAAAGUGUCGAUAAGGUUGAAAAAGAAUCAGUUCCCGAAGUGCCAGGAGUUACAAAAUCGGAAAAAGAAGUCCAGUCUUUAGAAGAUGUAGGUGCGGGAGAAAAAGAACAUCACCGUUUAUCUGAAGACAAGCUAACAUCGACAGUUGAAGAAGAACAAGAACCAAAAGAAGAGGGUGGUGCACUAGCCCGCGAUGAGGAAGAACCUCAUAAGGAUGAAGAUCAAAUUGGAGGAACGCAUGAUGAAGAUUUAGCUGAAAAACCUUACGAAGGUACACCCGAAGAAGAAGCAGAGGCUGGUGCGAAGAUCGGGAGCCCGAAAAAAACAUCAAAAAUGUCGCGGAGUAGUGCAGAUUCAGCUAACAAACCAUCCGUAGGAGGAAUAGAGCCUGGUGCUAAGGUCGAGAGUCCGAAAAGAUCUUCACAAAUGUCGCGACACAGUAAAGAACCCCACGAAGAGGCACUCGAAGAAGGAAUGGAAGAUGGUGCAAAGAUUGGGAGCCCGAAAAAAGCUUCAGAAAUGUCGCGUCACAGUAAAGAACCCCACGACGAGGCACUCGAAGAAGAAAUGGAAGAUGGUACGAAGAUUGGGAGUCCGAAAAAAGCCUCAGAAAUAUCGCCGAUUGGCGAGGAAGAAACAUACGAAAGAAAAGGCGUCGAAGGAGUGGAGGAUUUUAUGAAAUCAGAAAGUCCAAAAAGAUCAAAAGAAUCACAGCCUCGAAAACAGGACGUAAUGGACACUAAACCAACUUUAAGUGAACUGGACAUUGCUGCUCUUGGCUAUCCAGAAGUAGCACACGACAAAGCUCCACCGAGUCCAAGAAAAACUUCGGUAACUAAACAGCCAAGUGACCAAGUUGGAAUUAAAGCUGAACCGACUAGAGGUGGACUCGAUGAGGCUACUGCUGGAGAACAAGUACCAAAGAAAGCAUUCAAAGGUUCAAGAGAAGCUUCUCCUGAUUUUGAAGAUCGCGAACCGGCAAUACCAGAAUACGAAUCAGAGCCAGAGAGACCGGAGCAUGCGAUAGAACACGAAGAACCAGAAAAACUCUCGACUACAGAAGGAAGAGUACCAUUUUCGGAAGAGAGAACAGGUGGUCCGUUUCCGUACGAAGUCGAAACAAAAGUUUACGCUCAGGAAAAACCGGUGUCUACUCUACAUCUUACUACAGCUGUAACCACGUCAGGAAACUUGGAGGUCAUUACUGAAGGUCCGGAGGGAGCUGUGGAGACCACCUUGACUUACACCCCAAGCGGCAACAUUGUCGUAGAAACCCAGAUGGUCGAUUACACAGACCAACCCCAGGAUAUACCUCGGGAAGACGCACUUGAGGCAGAAAUAUACGGUAGGAAUGCAGGGCUACCAGAAUCAGCUAUACCUAGAGUUAUGGUCAGGGGAGAGGAACAGCAGAAAAUUCAAUCAAUGUUCCCUGUCGACUCCAGUCGAAUAUCAGGUCCUUCAGGUCCGGAAAUGGAGACGCCAUAUACGGGAAGUUCGGCAACAGGGGAGUUAGAAUCUUCGCGUGGCUUGAAACAUUCUUGCAGGGCUACUCCAGUAGCGUCAGUAACGUCUAAAUAUGCUGCUAGCAGGCUAGCUGUUAAAAGUGCCGAAUUGAGCAAGACUGCAGCACAGACAGUAUCAUCCAAAGAACCAAUGGUGUCGGAUGAUGAACAUGUAGCAAUUGAGGGGCACACUUCUGGAGGUAUGUCCGUUCCAAAUGUCGACGGUGUUCCAACUAGUAAAUCUGCUGAACAGGAAGAAUCAAGCGAAAUUGAAGAAGCAGCAAUGGGGUCCGAACGCGCGGCAGAGUCAGACAGUCCUCCUACAACGACAGGAGUAGAAGUAUAUAGUGCUGAAGUUUGGGCUGCUGAGCACCUGGUUUCCGACGACGAAGCAGUGAUGUUUUCGGAUGUUCAAGCCUUGCCACCAGGAGCGGAAAUGUACGUUAGUGAAGACGGUGGUAGAACUGGAUAUUCUUACGACCCAGCCGAGGAUGUAAGGACGGGAGGUAUCGGAGGUGGCACGUCUGGCACAAAGGGGACCGAUAUACAGCAGCAAUCCCAAACGGGUGUUCCACCUGAAGACACGACGACACCUGAGUCAGCAGUGACGUCUGUAACAAAGGAAGGCGAGACAACAAUCGGCACCUCCGAGUCAGGUCUGCGCAAGACUACCGAUUGCGGCUGUCAAUCAAAAGAUCAGAAACAUCAAUCAUGUCAAUGUUGUGAAUGUAAAGAAAUUGGAAUAUCAACAUCUGGCGACAAGGAAACCAUAACCGAACAAGAGAAAACCAUGGGCGUACCGUCGGGCAGCGAAGAAGCCAAAGAAGAUACCGACUCAGAAUUCGUAACGAUAAGCGAGAGCACUGAGUAUACUGAGGCUCAAGAUCGUGCAGCGAAAAUAGACGAAGCCCUGGACAAGCGGCAAUAUCCAGAAGAGAUUUUAAGAAAGGAUCCAGAUUUCGCUAGCAGAUCUAAAGAAGAACAAAGGAAAAUAUUGAGUGAGCACGGAUAUGCACACCCUGUAUCCAGUGGCCUGUCGAAGGAGAUGCUCGAAAAGCAUCCGGAACUAAGUGGAAAAUCGAAGCAAGAGCAGCUGGAAAUUUUGAAGUCUUACGGAUACGCGCCAUUACCGGAAGUUGACGAUACCAUCACCACUGCCGAAGAUAUAGUUCGAAAAUAUCCUGAACUGGCUGGAAAAUCUCAGAAAGAGCAACAUAAAUUUAUAUCUGAUUUAAGACAUAAAGAGAAAAAGAAAAUUGCCGUCGAUUCAAGUUUAAUUGAGAAACAUCCUGAACUAAUCGGAAAGUCUGAGGAGGAACAACAAGAUAUUCUUCGAGGUUAUGGCUACAAACCGAGCGAAAAUGAACGUGUAUCUCCUAAGAUAUCUGACAGAGAACAAAUUGGAGCUCAAAAAUCUGUUGAAAUUUAUGUUGGUGAAGAAAUGUUGGCUAAACAUCCAGAAUUAGUUGGCAAAAGUAAAUCUGAACAACAAGCUUUGCUUAGAGAUAUGGGCUACAAAGCAAGCAGCAAAGACCAAGUUGGAGUGGUAAGAAGUAGAGAUCGAGAUGAGAUUAUUGUUGGUGAAGAACUGUUAACGGAACAUCCAGAAUUGGUUGGUAAAAGUAAAUCUGAACAACAAACGUUGCUUAGAGAUAUGGGCUACAAAGCAAGCAGCAAAGACCAAGUUGGAGUGGUAAGAAGUAGAGAUCGAGAUGAGAUUAUUGUUGGCGAAGAACUGUUAACGAAACAUCCAGAAUUGGUUGGCAAAAGUAAAUCUGAACAACAAACGUUGCUUAGAGAUAUGGGCUACAAAGCAAGCAGCAAAGACCAAGUUGGAGUGGUAAGAAGUAAAGAGCAAGAAGCUGCUGAUAUUGCUGUUAGUAAAGAACUAUUGGCCAAACAUCCAGAAUUAGUUGGAAAAAGUAAAUCUGAACAACAAACUUUGCUUAGAGAUAUGGGCUAUAAAGUAAGCAGCAAAGAUCAAGUUGGAGUGGUAGGAAGUAGAGACCGAGAAGCUGCUGAAAUUGCUGUUAGUAAAGAACUAUUGGCCAAACAUCCAGAAUUAGUUGGCAAAAGUAAAUCUGAACAACAAACUUUGCUUAGAGAUAUGGGAUAUAAAGCAAGCAGCAAAGAUCAAGUUGGAGUGGUAGGAAGUAAAGACGGAGAAGCUGAUGAGAUUAUUGUUGGUGAAGAACUGUUAACGAAACAUCCAGAAUUGGUUGGUAAAAGUAAAUCUGAACAACAAACAUUGCUUAGAGAUAUGGGUUACAAAGCAAGUAGCAAAGACCAACUUGGAGUGGUAAGAAGUAAAGAGCAAGAAACUGCUGAAAUUGCUGUUAGUAAAGAACUAUUGGCCAAACAUCCAGAGUUAGUUGGCAAAAGUAAAUCUGAACAGCAAACUUUGCUUAGAGAUAUGGGCUACAAAGCAAGCAGCAAAGAUCAAGUUGCAGUGGUAGAAGAUGAUGAAAUUAUUGUUGGUGAAGAACUGUUAACCAAACAUCCAGAACUGAUUGGUAAAAGUAAAUCUGAACAACAAGCUUUGCUUAGAAAUAUGGGAUACAAAGCAAGCAGCAAAGAUCAAGUUGGAGUGGUAAGAAGUAAAGAGCGAGAACCUGCUGAAAUUGUUGUUAGUAAAGAACUGUUGGCCAAACAUCCAGAAUUAGUUGGCAAAAGUAAAUCUGAACAACAGACAUUGCUUAGAGAUAUGGGAUACAAAGCAAGCAGCAAAGAUCAAGUUGGAGUGGUAAGAAGUAAAGAGCGAGAACCUGCUGAAAUUGUUGUUAGUAAAGAACUGUUGGCCAAUCAUCCUGAAUUAGUUGGCAAAAGUAAAUCUGAACAACAAACAUUGCUUAGAGAUAUGGGCUAUAAAGCAAGCAGCAAAGAUCAAGUUGGAGUGGUAAGAAGUAGAGACCGAGAAGCUGAUGAAAUUUCUGUAGAUGAAGAACUGUUGACCAAACAUCCAGAAUUAGUUGGUAAAAGUAAAUCUGAACAACAAAGAAUACUUAGAGAUAUGGGCUACAAAGCAAGAAACAAAGAUAAGGUCGGAGAUCAACCAGAAACAAUUGUAAACGAAGAAAAACUAUUAAUGAGAUCCUUGGAACAAGAUCGGACUGGUCAAACAUCAAUGGUUGUCAGUGAAAAACUGAUAAAAAGUUAUCCCAAAUUAGCCGAUAAGAGUCCCCAGGAACAGCUUCUAGUGUUACUAGAUAUGGGUUAUAUAAUAGAUGAAAUACUCGAACAUAUACCUAUGAGUAUGGAAAAGGUACACGAGGGAAUUCUGCCACAGCCAUCAGGACCUUGCAGAGCGCCUUGCGGUAAAGUUGCAUCGGUUCGUAGCACUGAUCGUCGCUCCGGUAGCAAGCUUCCUGAUGUUCCAAAAGCCAAAGCUUCAGAAGAGAAGCAUAUCAUAACAGAAAAUUACCAGGAGGAAACUCCCGCAAGAAUCCCACCAGCCGGAGCUUCUGAGUCGUCUUUUGGAAAAGUUACAUCGGUUCGUUGGACUGAUCGUCACUCAGGCAGCAAGCUUCCUGAUGUUCGACAGGAAACACCCGACGUUCCAGUAGCCAAAGUUUCAGAGGAGAAGCAUAUCCUAACAGAAGAUUACCAAGAGGAAACUCCCGCAAAAGCCCCACCAGCAGAACCUUGUAGAGCACCUUGCGGACGAAAAGCUGCGACUAUUAGUUCAGUUAACAAGUUACCUGAUAUUUCUGUAAAAAAAUCCGAAGCUCCGGAAGCCAAAGUGUCAGAAAAUAGGACUAUUCAAAGAGCUGAUGUAGUUAAAACUGAAUCUAGGGAACCCGAUGUAUCUUUUAAACCGCACUAUAAAAAUGUGGCGAUCACCAGCCAACACGACGACGUUGAAGAAGCCUCUACUCAAUCGAUUCCAAAAAGCAAAACUGUUUUCGCCCAAAAGAAACCCAAAUCGCGGGACGACUCUGCUUCUUGCAAAGCGAGCUGUAGAGCGAUUUCCGUGCAAAAUUCUCACACUAAAGCUGACGAAACAAUAGAUACUGCCGGAUCUAGCGGACACGGAGAUAACUUUCAACACAUCUCGACGCAAUCGGUCUCGAAAAGCAAGAGCAUCUCUCUACAAGAAAAACCCUCGUCCAGAGAUGACUCGGCCUCGUGCAAAGCGAGCUGUAGAACUAUAUCGGUCCAGAGUUCUCAUACCGAUUCAGGUUCUCGCAAGAGUGACAGGAAAGACAAGAAAGAUAAAACAGACAGGAAAGGAAAGAAAGAAAUAAAGGAGAUCGUUGCUGCUCGUACGGACAGUACAACGACUUCGUCUUCUGCCUCAGAUGCCAAAGACAAGCAAAAAGAGAAAAGAGUGGGAGAGGUACCUUCGAUCGUAUCGGAGGUUUCCGAUAAAGAAAGACCGGUAAUUCAGCCUCCGGCAAGGAAAACAAAAACUCAGCGCAAAAAACGUUCUUCGAGAGUGAUGGACUGUCUUAAAUGUCAAUGUACCGAUCCUUGCAGAUGCAUAGUGUGCUCGCGCGAUGUUCUAGAGCAACGUAGACCUAUGUCGUAUCCCACUCGAUCUUGCGACUGUCCUCCCUCCAGGAGGCAGGCCGAAAUGCGAAUGCCUCAAGCUUUAUCCCACGGAGGACAUCCCAUCGGAUGUGCUUGUAUACGGUGCCUGUGUAAUCCUUGUAGUCCCUGUCCUCCCCAAUAUAGAUUCGAGGGUCAAGAGAUUAUCGAUGAUGACUUUAGGUCCAAAGUUAGACGGCACCCAUCGAAAUGCGAAUGCGUCGACUGUUUGUGCCUCCCGAAAAUAAAGAAGAUAGCCGAAACCAAAGAAUAUCCUGUGGUUUUCGAUAAGAAACAAAUUUACCAGGUGAGUUGUGCGUGUCCUAACGCGCAAAAAGCGAAGAAAGCCGCCGCCGAACAACAACAGGUCAGAUCGAGGAUACCUAUUUCCACGACUAGUCCGAAUCCUCCAAAAAUUAAGUCCGAAUCCAAGGCAAACGAGGAGAGCCAACCUGUCAAUGAAAAAUUAUCGAAGUCGGACAGUAUCUAUAAUUCGAUAUCUUGCGACUGCGAGCAAUGUAAAUGCGCGGAAUGUCCCGAUACAAAAGGCAAAGCUCCAGAAGGAACUGCAACAGCAAAACGUGCUCCACAGACCGAAUCGUCUUUACGGAAAGAUGAAGACUGUUGCUGUACGGGUCCGUGCAUAUGCAAACCCUGUCCCAUCGAAGAACUCACGAAGAAACUUCGAGCUGCCGAAGCCCAACUGAUCGCGGCUUUACAACAGGCAGCCGUGGGUCUUCCGCCCGUCCCUUCUUCAGCAGUCCAGCCCAAAGACGCAGCAAGGAGUGUCGACGAAGAUUGUACUUGUGCGCAGUGCGUCUGUCCCGGAGCGGUGGGCGACCAAACGCCGACAAGAAAGGAGCCUCCGGAAAAGACACAGUUAGAAGAACAUGACGAGGAGUGUAGAUGUCCGGAUUGUGUAUGUCCCGGUGCGGACAUUAAGCCCAAAACUGAACCAAAACAACAAGCCGACGAGGAAUGCGAUUGUCCGGAAUGCACUUGUCCGGAAGCGCGUAACAAACCUCUUAAAAAAUCUGCCUCUCAACCAGAGAGCCAGGUUCGUUCUGCUAUAAAAGCGGAACAGGGAUACGAAACGCAGAAAUCCGCAUCGCAAACCGCGCCUACUGCGACAGGCGCGGGUGACGACGAUUGCGACUGUACCGUGUGCGCCUGUCCGGGACAAACAUCGUUGCCGAAAAAAACCACGCCCAAACCGUCGGACUUCGAAAUGGCCGAUUGCGAUUGUCCCGACUGUCAGUGUGCGCCGUGCGCCGACCCGAAAGUAUCCGGAACCCAAGCGGAACCAAUAGAGAUAGCUGAUUGCGACUGUCCGGAAUGCAAGUGCGGCCCGUGCGCUGAUCCUAAAGUGACACCACGAGCACCAGCAGUGGAAGCACAGAAGCCGGGAGAAGAACAUCCGGAAGAUUGUGCGUGUCCAGUGUGCGCUUGUCUCGGUGAAGAAAUUGAACCUGUAAAGUCUAAAACCGGACAUCCGGAUGAUUGCGAUUGCCCGAUCUGUCAAUGUCCCGGUGAAACAUUUGCGGAUGCAAAACAAACUCAGCCACUUCAAUCUCAACCAGAUCAUCCGGACGAUUGCGCUUGCCCAGUUUGUCAAUGCCUAGACGAACAGUUCACGGAUGCGAAAGACAUGGACGCCAAACCUAGUAAAGUUUCGUAUAAGGAAGCCAGUAAACACCCGCCAGACUGUGACUGUCCGGAGUGUCUAUGUAUUGACGGACAAGAUGGAAUUGAGUCGGCGCUGAUACCCCUGGUUGAAACUGAGGUGCACGCGCUGACUUGUUUCUGCGCGCAAUGUCUCUGUCCCGAAUGCACCACAACGGCUACGCACGCGCAGGAAUGCCGAUGCAAAGAAUGCAUUUGUGAUCCAUGCGACUAUCGAUCCGGCGGAGACGUAUUCGUUAAAAAACAAGAAUCGGGUGUGGUAGAAAGCAAAUCUCCAGGCCAUCCAGCAGACUGCAGUUGUAUUACCUGCAACUGUGACCACUGUGCUGACAAGGCUAAACCAAAAACCGCUGCGGCAAUAACAGGCCAUGCGACAGACUGCAGUUGUGGUACCUGCCUCUGUGAAGACUGUGAUGACAAGAAUAGAGCAAAAACCGCAGCAGUAGAAUGCAGAUGUGCUACUUGCCUCUGUGACGACUGUUUUGGCAAGACUAAAUCAAAGACCGCAGCGGCAAUAACAGGCCAUCCGCCAGAUUGCAAUUGUACUACCUGCAAAUGUGACGAUAGUGUUGACAUGGCUAAACCAAAAACCGCAGCGGCAAAAACAGACCAUGAAGAAGAAUGCAGUUGUAUUGCCUGCAUCUGUGACUACUGUGUUGACGAAAUUAAACCAAAAACAGUAGCGGCGAUAGAAAGCGAAAAACCUAAAAGCGGGGGAGACAGCAAUAAGGGACCAAAUUGUACCUGCGAAACCUGUAUAUGCAUCGAUUGCAAAGGUAUGUCGUUGAAUAAGUGUAUGUCAGUUGAACAUGAUGAAACGUGCAAAUGUCCCGACUGUAUAUGUUCGCCAUGUCUUAAACAGUCCGGGCUUACAUCAGUAAAAAUAGCAUUGUUACAAGCCCAGACAAGGCCAACUCAAUCUCAAAUGAGUUCUAAAACAUCCAAGGUCAGGUCUACUAAUCCGACGUGCAAAUGUUCAAGAUGUACGUGUAAAGAAUGGGAUUCAGACCAACCAACUGUCGAAUUCACGACAAAAGGAUCUAAAGUUCAGUCCUCACAAAGUGUGCCAGUAAAACAGUCUAAAGUGAAGUCAGUAGACCAGAUGCAGCACGAUCCAGACUGCGACUGUCCCGUCUGUGCAUGUAUGGAGGCUGAAGUUGAGAUUACAAGCGAUUACAAGCAACAAGUGACACAGAACGUUACCGACUGCGCCUGUCCUGUCUGUAAGUGUGAAAGCGAUGAUACUGGAGUUCCAAUAAAAGAUCAAACGGUCGAAAGAAAGGGUAUGGGAACUGUCGAACAGGGAGUCCCGAUAAAACAACAAGUGAGCAGAGAACAGCACGACCAGGAAUGUACUUGUCCUGUAUGUAAGUGUGAAAUGGUUGAUACUGGAGUCCCGACGAAACAAUCGGUUCUUAAGCAACAAGUGAGCAGAGAACAGCAUGACCCGGAGUGUACCUGUCCUGUAUGUGAAUGUGAAAUGGCUGAUACUGGAGUUCUAACACAAGAACAAAUGGUCACAAGAAAGGGUAUGGGAGCUGUCGAACAGGGAGUCCCGAUAAAGCAACAAGUGAGCAGAGAACAGCACGACCAGGACUGUACUUGUCCUGUAUGUCAGUGUGAAACAGCUGAUGUUGGAGUUUCAAUGGAACCGAUGAAGUCGAAGGUUUCGCAAAAAAUUAGCAGAGAACAGCAUGAUCCGGAUUGUAUCUGUCCUGUGUGCGCAUGUUCAACAGCUGAUAUUGGAGUUCCAACAGCUUCUAUACAGCAAAUGAGCGCCAAGCAAUCAAAAAUUUCGUCUGCGCAGCAAGCAGCGGCAUUGCAAUCUAAACCUAUGUCGUCGGUGAAGCCAGCCGUGUCGUUCCAUGGCGAUCAGAAAAUGGAUCCACCGCCCUUUGAAGUACCGCAUAGGAUUGAGUGUAAUUGUGAAAGGUGUGACUGUGUCAUAUGUGCCGGCAAAAGUGAGUUCGAUACGCAACAAGUAUCGGCAUUGCAAUCUAAACCUAUGUCGUCGGUCAAGCCAGCCGUGUCGUUCCAUGGCGAUCAGAAAAUGGAUCCACCGCCCUUUGAAGUACCGCAUAGGAUUGAGUGUAAUUGUGAAAGGUGUGACUGUGUCAUAUGUGCUUACAAAAGAGAAGGCCGAUCGAGUCCAAGUUCGCGUGUGGCGUCGACUCAUACAGCUUCAGAUGGACAAAGACCUGCUUCGCGUGCUGUAUCAGCUCAUACGACCCCAGAACUACAUAGCGCGCCGCCGCCCACGGUAAGAAGUCAAACCUCCAGAACUGGAGAACAAGCAAAAUGCGAAUGUGACGGAGUGUGUGUUUGUCGGCACUGUGAAGAAAACAAUGUGGCAUCGAGGAAAAUGCUACAAUCUCCGAGCGCCAAAAGUUGCCCUUCCUCUACUUGCAAAGGAAGUGGCGCUGACAUGGCCACGUCAACAAAACCAUCCAGAACGCUUCAAAAUCAGCCAAGUGUUCAAAUACAAGCGACACAAAGCGUUCAGUUUUACACCGAUGUCCAAGCUGAACCUAGUGCGAGUGGUCAAAGAGUAGUUGUGGAAGCUGCCGUUCAAUCGGCAGUCGAAACAGAGAUUUUAGCCACCGAACAUGCUAAUGUUGAAUCAAGUAAACGUAAUGUCCAUGCGAGUGUGCAUCCUAGUACCCAAAUGCCGCCCAGCCUUCACCCCAGUGCUCAAAUAACAAGACCGCCAAGCAGUCAUCCUAGUGGACAAAUGGGUAAUCUUCCUAGUACUCAUCCUAGCGUUCGAAUUGGUCACCCGUCAAAUAUAAACGAGCAAACUUGUGCUCAAUCAUGUGUUCAAAUUCAGACCUCGGUAAGUGUUCAUUCGAACAUUGAAAUAGGUCAAGUCGCUCAAGUUAAUGCUGCACUCCUCCAGAGCAAAACUGUAAGUUUUCACGACGGCAGUCCAUCAAAGACGACCCCAACCCCAAGACACCCCAAGACAGAAGUAGGGGCGUUAGCUAGUGUGCAUUCCGAAGCUAAAACAGCAUCGAAAGAUUUUACAGCUAGCACGCAACUUGUUGAACAAAUUGAAACUUCAAUACGUGUUGAUGAGAUUGAUGAGGCCCCAAUUAGCGUUCAAAUGGAAAAAGGAGUUAUGGCUGCUGUUCCCGGAACACCAUACACCGCUGUAACCGGUGCUUAUAUAAGUUUUCCAACUAAUACUUAUAAUCCAUCGCCGAAACCAAAACAAAAAGCGAAACCAAAAGAAAAAACUGUCAUCGCUAAAGAUAAGAAAAUACAGAAACCUAGCCAUCCAGGGGGUAAAAUACCAUCAGAAGGCGAUGGUAAACGUACCCAGGCUAAAUCAGACUCUUUACUUCAAGUAGAUAUUGACAUAGAAAUUGAGAAAAAAGACUGCCCCGAACCCCCUCCUACUCCAGGAGAAGACCCAAAAAAGUCGGUUGUGCCAAAGGUGUCUUCUGGUCUAAAAGACCCAAAAAAGGAUAAGCCAAAUGUGCUUUCUGGUCCAAAAGACCCAAAAAAGCCGGUUGUGCCAAAGGUGCCUCCUGGUAAGCCCGAUAAAUGCCCUUGUCAGAAAGAACCACCACCUCGUCCUAAAAUGAGAAAUCCAGGUGCUUGCGUAUGUUGUACUUGCGUACCGAGCGAUCAGGGUGGCGCUGAGGGCGAAUCACCAGUGAGCGCACGGUCUGAAACAGAUUUUGGCGACUCCGGAAUAGUACUUUGCUAUGGUGACCGUCCUCGUAAUGAAGACGGCCGUAUUGUCGCUGAGUAUCGACAAGAUGUUUUGGCUGCUCCUGUUUUAAAAACAUCAAGUGGCAUUCACUCCAAGGCAGAAGUAGGAGUGUUUGCUAGUAUGCAUUCCGAAGCUAAAAUAGCAUCGAAAGAUUUUACAGCUAGCACGCAACUUGUUGAACAAACUGAAACUUCAAUACGUGUUGAUGAGAUUGAUGAGGCCCCAAUUAGCGUUCAAAUGGAAAAAGGAGUUAUGGCUGCUGUUCCCGGAACACCAUACACCGCUGUAACCGGCGCUUAUAUAGGUUUUCCAACUAAUACUUAUAAUCCAUCGCCGAAACCAAAACAAAAAGCGAAACCAAAAGAAAAAACUGUCAUCGCUAAAGAUAAGAAAAUACAGAAACCUAGCCAUCCAGGGGGUAAAAUACCAUCAGAAGGCGAUGGUAAACGUACCCAGGCUAAAUCAGACUCUUUACUUCAAGUAGAUAUUGACAUAGAAAUUGAGAAAAAAGACUGCCCCGAACCCCCUCCUACUCCAGGAGAAGACCCAAAAAAGUCGGUUGUGCCAAAGGUGUCUUCUGGUCUAAAAGACCCAAAAAAGGAUAAGCCAAAUGUGCUUUCUGGUCCAAAAGACCCAAAAAAGCCGGUUGUGCCAAAGGUGCCUCCUGGUAAGACCGAUAAAUGCCCUUGUCAGAAAGAACCACCACCUCGUCCUAAAAUGAGAAAUCCAGGUGCUUGCGUAUGUUGUACUUGCGUACCGAGCAAUCACGGUGACGUUGAGGUUGAAUCUCCAGUGAGCGCACGGAUUGAAACAGGUGUUAUGGCUGCAGCUCUUUAUGACAGGAAUAAGUUUAAAUAUACCGAUUUUGAAAUACAGAUUGAUAUAGAAAUUGAAAUAGAUGACUCCUCUGAUGAGGAGAGUGAUUCAGGAGAAGACCCAAAAAAGCCGGAUAGGCUAAAUGUGCCUUCUGGAAGUGACACACCAGGCGGCGAUGAUAGUCAUACCUCAAAUAAAGAUAUCGAUCCAGAAGAUGAUGUGCCUAGUGUGCCAUCCGGAGGUGACAAAUCAGGCGGCGAUGAUAGUCGUACCUCAAAUAAAGAUAUCAAUCCCCCGCCGGUUGUACCAAAGGUGUCUGGAAAGCCCGAUAAAUGUCCUUGUCAGAAAGAAACACCACCUCGUCCUGAAAUGAGAAAUCCAGAUGCUUGCGUAUGUUGUACUUGCGUAGCGAGCGAUCACGGUGGCGCUGAGGGUAAAUCUCCAGUGAAUGCACGGAUUGAAACAGGUGUUAUGUCUGCUGCUGUUUUAGAAACAUCAAGUGGCAUUCACUCAAAGGCAGAAGUAGGAGUGUUUGCUAGUAUGCAUUCCGAAGCUAAAAUAGCAUCGAAAGAUUUUACAGCUAGCACGCAACUUGUUGAACAAACUGAAACUUCAAUACGUGUUGAUGAGAUUGAUGAGGCCCCAAUUAGCGUUCAAAUGGAAAAAGGAGUUAUGGCUGCUGUUCCCGGAACACCAUACACCGCUGUAACCGGCGCUUAUAUAGGUUUUCCAACUAAUACUUAUAAUCCAUCGCCGAAACCAAAACAAAAAAAAGAUAAGAAAAUAGAGAAACCUAGCCCUCCGGGGGGUAAAAUACCACCAGCGGGUGGUCCAGCUAGUACGCAUCCCAGCUCAGAAGGCGAUGGUAGACGUACCCCAAUCGGAAAUCUUAGUCCCUCUAAAACAGGCGCUUCACUUGAAAUAGGGACUGAUUCAGAAAGUGGGCAAUACUUCUGCCCACCUUCAUUCCCUUCUAUUCCAGGAGAAGACCCAAAAAAGCCGGUUGGUUCAAAGGUGUCUUUUGGUCCAAAAGAGUCUUUUGAUCCAAAAGACCCAAAAAAGGAUGGGCCAAAUGUGCCUCCUGGAAAGCCCGAUAAAUGUCCUUGUCAGAAAUAUGUGGAAACACCUAAAAUGAGAAAUCCAGGUGCUUGCGUAUGCUGUACUUGCGUACCGAGCGACCACGGUGGCGCUGAGGGAGAAUCACCAGUGAGCCCACGGUCUGAAACAGAUUUUGGCGACUCCGGAAUAAUACUUUGCUAUGGUGACCGUCCUCGUAAUAAAGACGGCCGUAUUGUCGCUGAGUAUCGACAAGAUGUUUUGGCUGCUCCUGUUUUAAAAACAUCAAGUGGUAUUCACUCCAAGGCAGAUGUAGGGGUGUUUGCUAGUACGCAUUCCGAAGCUAAAAUAGCAUCGAAAGAUUUUACAUCUGACCCAGAAGUUCUUAGGGGACUACCUGCAGCGUGUUUUGGUAACCUUGAGGAGUCCAUAAUUAGCUUUGGUCCAAAAGACCCAAAAAAGGAUGGGCCAAAUGUGCCUCCUGGAAUGCCCGAUAAAUGUCCUUGUCAGAAAUAUGUGGAAACACCUAAAAUGAGAAAUCCAGGUGCUUGCGUAUGCUGUACUUGCGUACCGAGCGACCACGGUGGCGCUGAGGGUGAAUCACCAGGGAUCGCACGGUCUGAAACAGAUUUUGGCGACUCCGGAAUAGUAAUUUGCUAUGGUGCACGUCCUCGUAAUAAAGACGGCCGUAUUGUCGCUGAGUAUCGACAAGAUGUUUUGGCUGCUCCUGUUUUAAAAACAUCAAGUGGUAUUCACUCCAAGGCAGAUGUAGGGGUGUUUGCUAGUACGCAUUCCGAAGCUAAAAUAGCAUCGAAAGAUUUUACAUCUGACCCAGAAGUUCUUAGGGGACUACUUGCAGCGUGUUUUGGUAACCUUGAGGAGUCCAUAAUUAGCUUUGAGAUGAAUGCAAAAACCGGCUCUUAUAUACGUCCACCAAUUUUAAAGCCGAAACCAACAGCAAAAGCUCUCACCGCUAAAGAUAAAAAAAUACAGACGCCUAAUCCUCUUGAGGGUAAAUUACCAUCGGCGAUGAGUCAAACUUAUAAUCCAGUGCCGCUACCAACAGAAAAUGUUCUCAGAGCCAAAGAUAUAAAACUGCAGACAUCUAGGCCUCCCCCAGCUGCUCCAAUAGUUUCAAUAAACCCGGGUGGUACAGUACAAGUCCCCAAAAAGAUAAGUGACCGUAAUGUGCCUUCUAGACCUAAAACACUUAAUGCUGAAAUCGAAACAGAGACUGCUCUUUUGGCUGCCGUAGAAACGCAAGUAGAGCAAGCAGCUGUAUUAACUAGUGCUCAUUCUAAAGUUGGAGUGGGUGGUCCAGCUAGUACGCGAAUUGGUGGACCGCCACCUAGUAGUCACGCUGGUGUCCAUCCCAGUGCAGAAAUAGUUGUAUUAACUAGUGCCCAUUCUAAAGUUAAUGUGGGUCCAGCUAGUACGCAUCCCAGUAAGCAGAUUAGUGCAGCGCCACCUAGUAGUCACCCCAGUGCUCAAAUAGGAGCGCCAGCUAGUGUCCAUCCGAGUGGUCAAAUCGCAGGACCUCCCGGUAAUCCGCCUAACCAGCCUGGUGUUCCAACUCCUUGCCAUUGUCCGCAGAAUGCUAUUCAGAACGAACCCGUUUCAACCCUACAAAACUACCGACCGAUUGAGCAAGCGCAUCCGUGUCAGACACUUUGCGACUGCCUAGCCUGCCAGUGUGCCCCUUGUCCCGACCCCCCCGGCGCCACAACCUUACCGUUGCUAGAUCCCGGCAACAAGGAGUCCAUCAAGUCGAUGGACAAUUCCACUUUGAAGGAAAACAUCCAGGCGAUAGUGCAGGAGAACCGACAGUGCCGCCAACAAAUAGCGGAAAUCAAGCAGGCGCUGGAGAGUAUAAAGUGCGCCUGCGUCGAGGCGGAGUUCAGAAGCGCACACUCCACCGGCCAAUCGGCCCAAUCGCUGAAACCCUUCGUGAAGCAAGCGUCGAACUUCGGCCAAACCAUGUCCGGCCUGAAGAUGGCGCUCCGAAACCUCCAAGCCAAAUGCCGCGCCAAGGACAAGAUGAUCGAAGCGAUGACGGGUGAGCUGGAAGUGCGCGGCGGAGCGGAAGUGUUCAGCAAGGUGCUGGAGCGGUCUCAGAACAUGUCCAGGGCUCCGGAUUACGAUCAGGGUGAAGACGUCCGGUCCACGGAUAGAUCGCAGAUUGCCACGAAUAUUUUGUACGCGCCAACUGUGACGAGCGAGAGAGGGAGCAGUGCUUGUGCUUGCGACACGGUGAGAGACGUACAGUCGCGAGGCGUGGAGGCGCGGACUCACAAGCACAAGAAAAAGAAAGAAAAGCCUGGUAACAGGGUUUCUUGUUCGUGUUCGAAACAUCAGAUGAUCCAGAAACGGGACCAGGACUGUCAAAUGUUGGACCCGAUCAGUUUUGAGGUGUUGGACAUCAGAAGGAUAACGGAGGACAGUUUGAUAGUGAAGUGGACUAAACCGUCGAGCGAUAGGGUGACUGGGUACGAUCUGUUCGUCAACGGGACUCUCUCGUCCAAGGUGAUGAGUGCUGUGAGGACCAGCGCCAUGAUGCACUCGCUGGACCUAUCCAAAACUGUCCAAAUAACUGUGUACGCGGUGAGUCGGUGCGGCAGGAUCGAGCCGCCGGCCAUCGCGAUCUACGAGAUCAAUUCGAAAAAGUAAACGACUUAAGUUUGAGAAAAAAAAUUACGAUUGACAUGAUUGUGCUGUUUCUUUUGAAUAAAAAUUGUAACAUCAAAA